AUGCAGCUAGUUCGCCGGGCUGCAUCCCAGACGCUGAACUAUGCGGACACACUGCCGAAUUGCCUGCGAGCUGCCUUUCACGAUGCAGCAGAGAGGGAUGUCGGAAACGAUGCUGGCGGGGCAAAUGGAUCACUGAUGCAGGAGCUGGAUGAUCCCUUCAGCUAUCCAGACAACCUGGGCGUAGCUAUAUGCCACGCCUACAUGAAGGUGUUUGUGCCAGAGAUGCGUGCCCAGGGUUGCCCCAACCUCACCUUUGCAGACGCUAUCCAGUGGGUGGGGGGCGUGGCAGUGGAGAUGGCUGGGGGCCCGGCAGUCCCCCUGCUGCCGGGCAGGCGUGACUGCAACAACUGCUUUGACAAUUCCACUGUGCUCCCGGACGAAUGCUUCACUUUGGACGAGCUCGCAAACUUCUGGGGUGCUCGUGGGUUGUCUGAUCCUCUGAAGGCGGCAGUUGUCCUGAAUGGCGCCCACGAUUUGGGCAAUGUCCGGUCCACAGUCCCUCAUGACACAGCCUCUGGCACCGGCUUUGGAGGAGCAGGUCCGGUGUGCAUCGGCGCUCCUGGUCCAAUGACAGCACAGCCCAACCUCUUUGACGGCCAUUACUACAAAGAGUCAACAAUAAUAAUAAUAAUAAUAGUAAUAAUAAUAAUAGUAAUAAUAAUAGUAAUAAUAAUAGUAAUAAUAGUAGCACAUGUGCAGCAGCUGUACACAUUCACAGGGCGGGCAGGCUACCUCUUCAGCGAUCGUUCUCUCGUCACUCCCGCCAAUGCAACUUCACUGUACAUGAAUGACAAGGAGGCAUUCUUCAAGGACUGGACCACCUUCUACCAGGAGAUGUCCCUCAUCGGCGUCGACACCGGACCUGCAAACUUCAAUGUCCAUGACGGGUUCCUGCCAGGCGGGCCGAUUGGCAGAGUGGCUCCUAUGACGCCAGUGCCCGGCAACGGCUUUGCAGGAACUGGCGCCAAUUUCAGUGGAGCCAUCCAGCUUCCCAGAGUCCCCGGGCAAUCUGGGGGACAGGGCUCCAGGCUGGCCGUCUCAGCCAACUUCCAAGCCCCAGCAGCAGCUGGGUAA